AUGGAACUACUGGACUACUGUUUACACACGUACUUCACGUUUAACGGCCAAAUUUACGAGCAAAUCCAAGGAGCCCCAAUGGGGUCCUCAAUCUCCGGCUACCUAGCUGAGGCGGUCUUGCAGGAACUGGAAACUCGGGUCUUCCAGACAAACAAGCCGAAAUUCUGGAUGCGCUACGUAGACGACACCUUUGUCAUCUUACACCGAGACGCGAAAGACAACUUUAAAAGAGAAUUGGACUCAAUUUUUCCACAAAUCCAAUUUACCACGGAGGAAGAAAAUACCGGAGUGCUCCCUUUCCUCGACGUCCAGGUAUCGAGGCAGGAAGACGGAACCCUCCAGACUGGUGUCUUUCGAAAGGCGACAGACACGGAGAAAAUUCUUUAUUACAACAGCAAUCACCCCCUGUCGCAUAAACGCAGUUGUGUCCGGACCCUUUUUCGCCGCACCUACACACAGUGCAGCACAGAAGCCGAGAAGCUGCGGGAGCGUAAAACCCUAUGGCGCCUCUUCCUUGCCAAUGGAUAUCCACGCAGUUUUGUGAACAAAUGCUUGUACCGAAGGCACACGAAGACGGACGGUGAGAAGAAACAAAGACCAGAAAUCUUCCGUGUCUUGCCCUACGUGAGUAACGUCUCCGAAGCCACUGAGCGCAUACUAAGGCCGCUAGGCGUAGGCGUUGGUCUCCGACCGGAGGCCACCAUCCGCCGCUUAAUCAUGCAGCCCAAGGACCGGCUACCACCUGCAGACACGUCAGGCGUCAUUUACCGCGUCAAAUGUCUGGACUGUCCAGCCAACUACUGUGGCAUGACCGACAAACGCCUAAGAACGCGCAUGCAUGAGCACACUUUGGCCGUAAGGCGAAAGGACGUACUAUCGCAUGUCGCCAUGCACUGCCUGGAAAACAACCACAAGUUCGACUUUGACGGCGCCCAGGUGCUCGGCCGAGCCGAAAGCGAACUGGCGAGGGAAGUGAUUGAGGCCUGGAAAUCAGACACGAACUCUAUCAACCGAAGUAUCGAUUUGCCAGCGCCAUACGAGGCCGUCAGGCACCAUCUACGCGCGAGAGGAGGGCCAAUGAGAAGCGAACGGGACGAACCUAUCGGAUGA